AUGGGUAUGGUGGCGCGAGAUUCUGGUGGAGCUGUUCUUGUUUCUGCAGCAUGUCGUGAGUUCCAUACGACGGAUGUCAAGGUAGCUGAAGCCAUGGCUAUUAGAUGGGCUAUGCAUAUAGCUCUUGAUUUGGGAUUCAAGGAGGUUACUUUUGAGACGGAUAAUUUGUCUAUUGUCAAAGCUUGGUCUAGUUUUUCUUCUCAAUUGUCGUACUUAACUUCUAUUGUGUCAGAUUGUGUUGUUUUAUCGUCUAGUUUUAAUUCCUGUAGUUUGAUUCAUGUUCGUCGCAGUGGUAAUAUGGCUGCUGACUUUAUGGCAAAGUUUGCCUUAUCUGGUCAAUGUUUUGUCUGGAUAUCGGAUGCUCCUCCGGGUAUCGAAGGGAUCCUAUCCAAUGAUGUUAUUUCCACUUCUUUUUGA